AUGCUAACAUCAAUAAAAAGAAAAAAAAGGUUUUCAUUCUCCCUCCCCCUCCUCCUCUCUCUCUCUCUCUCUCUCUCUAAUUCCUUCUCUUCUCUCUCCCUCCCUAAAAAUCUCUAUUUCCCACUUUCUCUUUUUUCCUCACACUCUCUUUCACCUUCUCUAUCUCUCUAUCUCUCUCACUCAGUAUCUAUUACCUCUAUCAAUCUCUCACUCUUUCUCUCUCAUACUCGUGUCUUUAUCUCUUUCUUUCUUUCUUUCUUUCUUUUUCUUUCUCACUCCCUAUCUAUUUCUCUCUCAUUCUCGCUUUCUCUCUGUCUCUCUCUCUCCCCCUCUCUCUCUCUCUCACUCAGUCACUCACUCACUCACAUUUAUGUUUAUCUAUUUCUUUCUUUUAAGAUCUCGUUCUAUCUCUAUCUAUCCCUCCCUCCCUCUCUCUUUCUCUAUUUUCCCUUUCUUUAUACUUCCUCUCUCUCUCUCUCUCUCUCGUUUUCUCUACCUAUUUCUCUCUCUCACUCCGUAUAUCUAUUAUCUACCAGUAUAUCUAUUAUCUUUAUCCCUCCCCCUCAUCACUCUCUCGUUCUCUCUCUUGUUCUGUCUGUCUCUCUCUCUCUCUCUGUCUCUCUCUCUCUCUCUCUCUCUCUCUCUCUCUCUUACUCACUCACUCACUCAUUUAUAUUUAUCUGUUUCUUUCUUUUAGGAUCUCGUUCUAUCUAUAUCUCUCCCUCCCUCUCUCUUUCUUCCUUUCUUUAUACUUCCCCUCUCUCUUUCUCUCUCUCUCUCUCUCUCGUUUUCUCUAUUUAUUUCUCUCUCUCACUCAGUAUAUCUAUUAUCUAUCAGUAUAUCUAUCUAUUAUCUUUAUCCCUCCCCCUCCGCUCUCUCGUUCUCGCUCUCUCUCUCUCUCUCUCUCUCUCGCUCGCUCUUUCUCGCGCGCGCUCUUUCUCGCUCUCGUAUAAAAAUUUUCAAUAA